AUGGACGUCAGAUCGCGUCGCAUUCCGUCUACUGCCCUUGACGACGCGGCAUCUAUCCGUUCCAGGAAUUAUCAUGGAAUCGCUCAUCACCUGCGACCCGUCGAAUCGCGCUACUCUCUUCGUGAGCAGUUCGCAGCAACGCGGAGGGAAUAUGAAUUUGGCUUCGACGACGCUUCUUCGAUCCUGGAACGGUCCAUCUAUCCAAGUGAUGAGCUCGGUGACACGGUCGUCGUUGGUGCUGAGCCAGCGGCCCCUGAGCACGGGUUCCUCGAUAAGGGCCCCGUCUCCCGGAACUGUUAUGAGUUGCUCUGCCUACCAAACGAGCCAUCGCUCUCUCCUGAUCAGGUUCGCAAAGCAGCGCACCGUCUCGUCCAGGUGCUCGCAGUCGAAAAGCAGCCCUUACGCCUGCAAGGACCGGCAGCCUUUCACCUCGGCCUAGCCCAGGCCGCCUUUGAGACUCUGGUUGAGCCCUCCCGGAGGCUGGGUUAUGACCUCUCAGACCUUGGUGAGACCGACUUGGACUGCGAUGGGGAUAUCCCUGAUGACGACGAUACCGCCCUUGAUCCGGAAGGCAGCAGUACCACGUAUGAAAGCAGCAUCCACGAGCAAUAUCUGCUCCUAACGCAACGAGAGGCCCGGGCAAGUACCGAUAUCGGGUUGCGGGUAGAUGCUUCGUCUUUGCUCGCUUCACAACGAGGCGCUCGGCGGCAUCGCUCAGGUUUGGAAGUUGUCGACUUCUCCAUCCGGCAAUCAGCCACCGCCAGCGUGCCUGCUCUAAGAAAGCCGAUAGAGAGUACGGCGCUAUUUCUUCGGGGCUGGUUCGGUAAAGGAGGCCAACCCCUUCGGAUUACAGACCCAACUGUCACCGCCACCAUGGGGACGCACGGUUUACUGGACGAGCCAUUCAAACUCGCACCGCUCUUUCUCGACCGCUAUCAGCCUCCGGGACCUGCAAUCCAUGGACCUAGACGCACGGAGCAGCUGCUUUCUUCACGAUUCCUCCCGGUUGCGAACCUUAACUUACGCCAGGAGAUCUUUUGGGAGCCCCAACGGACACAAAGCGAGUCUCCAAGGGUUUUCCCCAGAUCUCUCCCGGGCCUUGUGAUCGAGCACGAAUUGGAGCUUCUACCCCGGCUGUCCACAUCGCUCCGGUUGGGCUACUCAACCAACCCUCCCGGACUUCGCGAGCCUGUCAACGUCGAGAUAUUCGCUCGGAAACCGAUAAAACCAAGGACCAAUGUAUCACCUGAUUUAGGGUUUGCUAUUCAUAGCAAUGUUGGGCCCGGGACUGCUUUCGUCCUUGCCGACGGAGGCGACUGGGACCUGCGGUCCUCAAAGGAAUGCAGAGAGCUCUCCAAGUUUUCCAAAGUGUCAGGAGCCUUCGCGCACGUUAUGGACAUGUUCCGGAACCCUCCAACUGUUGAAGCCGGGUAUGCGUUUGGGAGACACGACCUGGGCAUACAGUCCCAACAGGCGUUGACCAAGCCGGCGGACCGGGGGCUCGCAGCGAUAGACUGCGACAUGGACAAGAAUAAGGCCAGCUCAUGGACUCUAUCGACUGGUUGGACACCAGGUAAUGUAGCAGCCUACCUUCGGUACGGCAGAGAUCUGUUCUCCUUCACCUCAAUGACAGCAACCCGGCGAAAAGCAGGUCUCCGAGCCGAGGUCGAGCUCGCGGGGACCGCGCAACGGGAUUUCUUUCUCGCCUUUCGCGCUCUGCGGCGCGUAGGGCGUUUCUCCAAAGCCGGGCUAGAAGUGGGCAUCUCGCCGAGCAAUCUGCACCUCUCAUUCUACUGGUCGCGUCUCGGACAGCGGAUCAGCCUGCCCUUAUUGUUCUCCACCAAGCCCAGGCUGGGCAGCUCCAAGCUGCUCUUCUGGACCACGGUGUUCCCCUUUGCCGCGCUUGCUGCGUGGGAACUCUACCGCCAGCGCCGUCUGGUGGCGAAAGUUGUGGCGGCCAAAAGCAAUAACACGGCGAUGCACAGGGAUAGGAAGAUCCAGGACUACGUCGCGCGCCGCCGCGCUGAGGCCGACGAGCUGACCGCCAUCCUUGCCACGGGCGUCGAGCCGCGCCAGAACGUUGAGCGCAACCGAGGCGGGCUCGUUAUUGUCAGCGCCAAAUACGGCGUGCGAGAUGCGCCGCCUGAGGAGAGCCGCCUGCUCGGCUUCUGGGAUCCGGCGCCUAUGAGUACCAAGGUGUUAAGAGUGAGGUAUUUGUGGCAGGGCAAGGAGCUGGCGGUUGAGGUUUGUGGGAGGGAGGAGUUAAGGCUCCCUUGA